AUGGAUCCUGUCAUCCUUUCCAUGGAAGUCGACGAUGACGAUGCCUUUGAAAGUGAAUAUCGACUGCGAAUUGGAGAUUCAGUGACAUAUCUCAUCAUAUCUCCGAAAACGUUCGACAGAGAUACGCUUUCAUUCCCGGUUCAGUCCUUGCCGAGUCUUCCCUGGCAUGAGGAAUGGACAGUAGCUCACAUUUCGCGAGACGGAACUAGUGGCGACUUGAAGAUUUCCCUCUCGGACCGAACACUAGCCGGCGUCAAGUGUCAAUGGCAUCACACCCUGGUCAACUGCUUGGAGUUAGAGAAAACCAAACUGCUCACGGCAAUGGCCUUCGAAGCUGUCUCGCAUUCGAUUAUUCCAAUUACCUCCCAAUUGUCGAAAACAGUCAUUGCUAAAAUAGCUCGUUUUGAAUGGGAGAUCCCUCGUAUCGAACGCGAAACAAGAGCAUAUCAACUACUCGAGGAUUCAGAGCUGACGCCUCGCUUUCUCGGCCAUGUUCACGAGAAUGGGCGCGUUAUCGGGUUUAUAUUAGAGAAAAUAGAAGGACGCCCUGCUUCUACACGGGAUCUGAGUGCCUGUGAAACAGCUCUGGAGAAACUUCACGAUUUAGGAUUCCUGCACGGGGACGUGAACCGAUAUAGUUUUCUCGUCACAGAAGAGGGUGCUAAACUUCUCGAUUUUGAACACCUCCAAGAGAAUGCUAGCCCGGAUGCAAUGCAAAACGAGCUAGAGAGUGUACGUGCGGAGCUGACAGAUGAAUCGGGGCGUGGUGGGGGCUUCAUAAUCCAGGAUGAUAGCAAUUGA